AUGAGCAAUUACGGAUACGGAAGGCCCAACCCCUUCGAUGAUAGGGAAUCCCCCGCGCCAGGCGGCGGCUAUGGUGGCCCUGUGAGGCCGCCUCAGGCGUCCUUUGGCCAGGGCCCCUCUCCUUACGGUGGUCAGAGGAAUAACAACAACUACGGCGGAGGCAACAACGUGGAGAUGUCGAACCUCCCUAGCAACAACGGUUAUGGCGGCAACGGCGGAGGCUAUGGAGGAAGAAACGACGGAGGCUAUGGCGGUGGAAACAAUGGCGGUUAUGGAGGAGGAAAUGGUGGCGGCUCCACAUCCAUUCUUGACGAAUGCAGCGAGAUCGAUCGUGGAAUCGAGGAGGUCGAGAGAAACCUCAACCAACUCCGAAACCUCCACCGUGCGGCGCUCAACGAUACUGAUACCAGCGGCGGCAGCCGCGUCAACCGUGAACUCGACGGCCUAUCAUCCGACACCAUGACUCUUUACCGCUCCCUCGUCGAGCGUGUGCGCAAGAUCAAGUCGAACCCUGCCUCGCGUCAAGGCGUAAACUCGCGCCAGGUGGAGCGUAUUGAUGGCCGUUUGAAGAACGCCAUCCGACAGUACCAGGAGAUUGAUGCCGAUUUCCGAAGGGAGACCCAAGCCCAGAUUGCCCGGCAAUACCGAAUCGUCAAGCCUAAUGCGACUGAGGACGAGGUUGCUGCGGCCGUUGAUGGUGCCGACGGCGGCCAGGUGUUUACCCAGGCACUUAUGCAGAGUAACCGACAAGGCCAGGCCACGGCCACUCUCAACAACGUCAGGGACCGUCACGCUCAGAUUCUCAAGAUUGAGCGCCAGAUGACCGAACUGGCCCAGCUCUUCCAGGACAUGAAUACUCUCGUUGUCCAACAGGAAGUUGCUGUUGCCCAGAUUGAGCAGAAGGCCGAGGAGGUUGUUGAGAACCUUGACAAGGGUAAUGAGGAGAUCGUUACUGCCGUUAAGACUGCCAGGGCAACCCGCCGGAAGAAGUGGUGGUGCCUUGGUAUCACUGUCCUCAUCAUCAUUAUUAUCGUUGUUGCCAUCAUCGCCUGGCUGGCGGCUACCGGCCGACUCAACACCGGCGGCGGUAAUAAUAAUAACAGCAACAACAACAACAACGCUAACACCAACGCCAACACCGACGCUAACAACGGCAACACUGGCAACACCGGCAACACAAACAACGCCAAGCGAGGCAUUGCUGUCGCUAAUGUUGAAGCCGUUAGCGAAGUGCUUGUUAAGACGAUUCCUCAUGUGACACGACAAAUUUCCGAAACCGUUUCGAGAGCGAGAUCCAUCCAACCUGGAGCGAGGUUCAGGAACCUCCAGUAG